AUGCAGACCGACGAACAGCACACGCAUAACAACAACAAGAUCAGCGGUUGCAUCGACUCGUCGACAGAAUUUAACUGCUGGCGGACGUUGUUCACUCUAGUCAAUGCUAUCAAUCACGUGCUGGUGUUACUGACGACUGGCUAUCUGGUAUAUUUGGCUCGCGACUUGAGCAUCAGCACCAAUCUUCACGUUGUACUGUGUACUAUCGGGUACGUGUUGCUGAUGUCCGAGGCAAUAGUGGCACUAACCGGUGAGAAUUUGUGGUCUCGAAAGCUAAGUCGUCGUUUCAACAGCCACGUGCAUUGGGUUCUACAGGCAAUUGGCGCAGCUUGCAGUAUAACAGGUGUCUAUGUGUUGUGGAGAGGUAGUUUUCGUUCAAUUCACGCACUUGUGGGAAUAGCAUCUGUAGGCGCAAUAAUUGGUAUUUUUAUUACCGGUUUACCUGCAAUUUUCGCGACACGACUUAGAAAAGUCAUACGACCAGUUAUAGGCAAAUUUAUACAUAACUUUUUAGGAAUCUUGUGUUUUGUUGGAGGUAUGUACGCGCAAAUUGAAGGUUAUAAGAAAGGUUGGCUGAGGAAAAAAGUCAGUAACGACGUCAUACAGGUGAUGAUUGUUACAACCUUUAUGAUUAUAGUUUUUUCUCUUAUGGGUUCUCUUAGAUCGCUGUGGGAACAAUUUAAGGGUUUAUUCAAUUGUCGGUAG